CAUGAGGUUUUAGCUGCCAAAGCUGAGUUAUUUGUGUGUGUUUCUAGGGUUGCAGAGGAGAUUCCUAUUUAUUCAUGCAGAUUGUGUGGGGAAGUUCAUGUUGGUGAUCCACCACAUAAGAUUAGAACAUGUUCUGUAAGUGGUAGUCAGAGGAGCAAAGAGCAUAUUUGGGAGAGAGGGGGUGUCAAACAUUUACUGCCUGUUGUGGAGUCUUUUCAUAUGUAUGAUAGGUUGGGGAGAGCUGUCUCACAUAACGAGCGCCUCGAGGUUGAUCGAAUUCCAGCUGUUAUGGAGUUGUGUAUUCAGGCUGGUGUAGACAUACCUGACUACCCAACUAGAAGAAGAAAGUUCCCUGUUUACCGCGUUGCAGGGAAGAUGAUAGAUUUUGAGAAGAAGUUUCCCAAGGAUUAUUCAUCUGGAAACCACAUACAGACCUCGGGCUUUUGGGGAACCACUAAGAGAUCAACUGAAAAUGAGAAAACUUUGAGUUUGCCACAUCAUAAUGUGAAAGGAUUUGCAGAAAUAGGAAUGGAAGCGUGGGAGAAAAUGCGUUCAGGAGCCAUACAGAUAAUGCAGAAGUACGCUGUUCAAACGUGUGGAUAUUGCCCCGAGGUCCAAGUUGGACCAAAGGGUCACAGGUUGAGGCAAUGCCAAGCCUUCAAGCAUCAGAUGAGGGAUGGACAGCAUGCUUGGCAAGAGGCAACCAUAGAUGACCUUGUCCCACCAGUGUAUGUUUGGCAUGUUCAAGAUCCACAUUCUGGUGUGCCUCAAAUAGAUGCUUUAAAGAGGUACUAUGGAAAAUUGCCUGCAGUUGUAGAAUUGUUUGCUCAAGGUGGGGCUAAGGUUGGAAGUAACUAUGAUGGCAUAAUGAGAGCCGACGUUGCUCUUCCUAGUCUAGACGAAGAGAAGCUAGUCGUGUGAAGCUGUGUUAAUAGUGGUAUCACAUCUAUAUUGAUGCCCAUCUAUGGGGACCUGAACGAGAAGUUCACAGUUCUUCUAUAAUAACAAUGCUUGAACAAGUGAAUUUUCAAGAGUAGAAUCAACGCUGCAACAGACGAUUCAUCACGCAAAUGGCUAUUCCGAGGUACUUUAGAAUUAAGGUUGGAAACAUUGAGAGAUUGAAUGAUUGUAAAUGCAUAUGUACAUAUCCAUUUUGAGGCUUUGAGCAAAUAAUAUUCAUAUUUAAAUGGAAUGAGGAGGUUACAAAUUAUACUA